AUGGGCGACCACCAGCCGUACGUGACCAUUCGGUCGCGACGACCCGCCGACGGGAACAGCGUGAGCAGUGCCGACUCGACUUACGGAUCCAACUCCGACGGUGCGCCCCGUACCGCCACCCACGAUGUCAGCCGCGUGAGCUACCAUGUGAAGCAUCUGGGCAGCUUCGCACAGACUUUGGAACAUUCUGCCAACAGAGCAUUUCCUAAUCGCGGGAGAUCCUCACAGCGGUAUACGAAGGUCCAAGCCCUGCUGCUCCACUGGGGCUGCGAUGACCUUUUUGUGCUGCCCGAGCUGGAGGACUUGGAAAGGUGUCUCCGGGAGGACUAUGCCUAUGAGACUGAAAUCUUCCCCAUACCGUCUGAGAACUCACAUCUGGAGCUCAUGAUGCAAGUGGGAAAGUUGAUCAAGGACCAUGAGGCCCAGGACACGCUCUUUUUAAUCUACUACGGUGGUCAUGCCAGGAUAGACGAGUCCAGGCAAAGUACCUGGUGCGCAACACGGCAUUCCGACUCGCCUUGGCUUCAGUGGUCCGCCAUUCAGACAUUGUUAGAACGUUCGGCAUCCGACGUUCUCAUCCUCCUCGACUGCUGCGCCGGCGCUGCAAGCGCAACAUUUCCCAACGGCAACAGCAUCACCGAGGCCAUCUCUGCCUCAAGCUGGGAUGCUAUCGCCCCAGAUCCAGGUCGCUACUCCUUCACGAACGCCCUGAUCGAAGUAAUGCAGGAAUGGCGCCUCCGCGCCUUCUCUGCGGCGAUGCUACACGCCGAAGUGCUCGCCCGCUUGAAGCACCCACGCCCUGUCACCAUCAACGGCAAGCUCUUCGAAGCCAGGUCGACCCCGGUCCAUUUCAUGAUGACCUCUAACCACAAGGCACCCAGCAUCGAGUUGUCCCGAGUCGUCCCCGCCGGAAAUCGGCCGCCUUCGCCCCCUCGGGAGAUCCCAGCGACUGCUGAUGGGAACGAGUUCCCCGAGGGGGUAACUGGCGGGCGUGGUCCAAGUGGCCCCAUAUCUGGCGAGCCGAACGAGGACACACCUCAUGUCAUGAUCUCGCUCGCGCUAGAGGAUGAUCAGCAACUGGAUCUCAACGCAUGGGAACAGUGGCUGUCAAACUUCCCGGCCAUGGCCAAAUACGUCAAGGUCCAGGGUGUAUUCAAAAGCCACUCUACACUCCUCCUGGUGUCCAUGCCGGUUAUGAUAUGGGACCUCCUGCCUGAGGAUCAUGCCACCUCUUUUGUGGCCUUCAUCCGGUCGAACAACCUGGUGGCCCAGAAGACAUUCAAAGAAGAGGCCGAAAUCCAAGUACCAGCGAGCAGAGGCUCUCGCGCAGCGCUUGACAGGACACAAGCUGACUCUGCGUCAACGAAUACGUUCUUUUCCGACAGCACAUACACAUAUGCUCCGACGGAUACAGGCAGAGUUCUUGGCCAGCAAGCAGCUGAUAUACGAUCCUUCUCUUUGAGCAGCGAGUUGGCUUCAGGAAUGGACGUAAAAUUACAGCACGCAGGUCUAGGAUCGUCAGGAAUAUCGCCAUCCUUGUCUCCGACUAGCGGUCACUCGACGCCGCUGCCGUCUGCCAAUUACGCAGCUUCGCUCAGCACUCUCCAGCGUCAAACCGCCGCCUUCUCUCAGGCAUCAUCCAAGGUGGCUUUUUCGAGGGCGAUGAUACCUAAUCAGCAGAGAAGUGCCCGCAGGACUGCCUUCCCCUACAUACCUGAGCCGCCCAGGUUCUCGCAGCACGUCGAGACGCUGCUCCAGCAAUACUACCGGCAGGAACCUUUGCCCAACGACGAGCAGAAGAACUUCGUCGCCUCCAAUCUGGGUAUCGAACUAUGGCAUGUCGACGCCUGGUUCCAUCAUCGGCGAGAGAGAGAUAUCGUCUCUCGGCAAUUCCAGAAGCUCAAGAUGGAUGAUCUAGUUCCAGCGGCAACCCAAGGAGCUCGGAUGAUACUGCCCCAUCAUCUCAACAAGAUCAUUGAGAUUCUGCCUCCCGGCAGGACACUACUGAUCGACCUCAGACCACCAGUAGACUAUGAAAAAUCUCACAUCAGGGGCGCCAUCAACCUUCGUGCUCCUCUGUGGCUUGUCCAGGAUGCCUCGUUCGACGUGAUUGAGCGCGCCUUCUUGGACCGCGAAAGCAGACAAAAGUUCGGAGAGUGGCAGUCAACAGUUUGCAUGGUCUUCUACGCCCGCGCCGUGGACUCUCCGUGGGAGUGUCCCGUGGCCGACGUGCUCUACGAGAAGUUUAAGAGCUGGGGCUGGCCCGGCCGAUGCUUCAUUCUCAAGGGUCAUUACAGGGAAUUCAGCGUCUCCUACAGCAAAUCCAUCGCUGGGUCCAAGAUGACGGACGAGGCAAGAGCACAUGCGGAAGCCCUCAUCCGGGCCAGCAACCAAGCGUUAACGUCGUCAAGGGAGGAUGACGUAGAGAGGAGAACCCAAUACGAGAAGCUCCUGGCCCAGAUAGACGACGAGGGCAGAGUGAACUCGUCGUCGGGCCCCAGCCAGUCAAACAGCCAGGACCGCGCGCGUGCCAUGAGCCAGCAUGAACAAGAUCUCGAAGCCGAGUUCCGCUGUCGCGUCCCAGACCUCCUCUACCGCAAAAUCCUAGAUGUCCACGGCAAUAGCGGCGGAACGGCUGCCGAAGCAUCACCCGCCGCCCAUGGCGCUGGUACCGAGGCAUCAAUAGUAGAACCAGAGGGUGCAUGGUCAGGGCAAACGAAAGCAACGGGAUGGCACUGCUCGUCUACGGGCCAUCCUGCUGGGGCUGGAGGCGACGAAGACAAGGACCGGGAUGGCGACAGAGACAGCACCACCGCAGCCUUUGGUCCCGACACGAAGGCACCGCUAGUCGAGUAUCUCGAUCGAGGUCUCUUUUACAUCCGGCAGGGGAGACUCGCCAACGCGACCGUCGUCGAGGCCUCUACUGCCACAUUUCCUAGACAUGACACAAAACCUACCACCAACCCUCCCCGCAUGGGACUCUCGAAGCUUAGGGCCGAGGACCUCCAUGGAUAUUUUGACUCGGCCGCGACCGUCUCGACGGCUUCAGACGACUCUUACGUCAAGGUCACCAAGGGCGAGGGGCAGCAGGCGGACGGCCACCCCUCCGCCUCCCCAGACCCGGUUCAUCACCACCGCCAGGAUCACCACGCCGGAUUCGGAGGGGAAGACGGGACGAGAGACGCCGCCGCCGUCGAUGGCCCGUUGAGAGAUGAAACACCCAGGAAAGGCCGGGGCGGUUUCUUCAACAAGGUUCUGCGGCGAGCAUAA